GUCAACAAAACUUAGCCCACAGUUACUGAGUUAGUGCCACAGUGCCGUCAGUCCGAGUACCUAAGGCCAGUCAGAACAGUCUACAUGGUUUGAUGAAGCAAAUGCCAGUACAUGUGCAAGUGUUCUAAAUUGUGAAGAAGGUUAAAAUGGCAGCUGAAGAUGGUUCAGAUUAUUUUAAAAGUUACAGUGACCUAUCAGUCCACACCCUCAUGCUGAAAGACAAGCCUCGAACUUUAGCCUUCAAAGAAUUCAUUGAAAAGAACCAGUUCCUAUUUCGCGAUAAAGUUGUCUUGGAUGUUGGUGCAGGUUCUGGCAUUUUGUCAUUGUUUUCCGCCUCAGCUGGUGCUUCUGUGGUAUACGCCAUUGAAGCCAGCAACAUGGCUGAUCUAUGUAGCCAGAUAAUCAAGUGCAACAAAAUGGAGGACAGAAUUAAAGUCAUUAAAGGGAGGAUAGAAGAGGUGGAACUUCCAGUGAAAAAGGUGGAUAUCAUUGUUUCGGAGUGGAUGGGUUUUUAUUUGCUUCAUGAGUCUAUGCUGGACUCAGUGAUAUUUGCUCGAGACAAGUGGCUGUCUGAGACAGGCAUAAUGAUCCCAUCUCAUGCCACUUUGUACUUAACACCCGUCAACAUGUCCAAGUAUGUCACAGAAAACUUCAGAUUUUGGGAGAAUGUGUAUGGAUAUGACUUUUCUCCUUUACAAACUGUUUCAAUGACAUCAACCCUUCAGCAACCAGUUAUUGAAUAUAUAGAUCCAAAGCAAUGUAUGUCAGAUCCAGAAAUUGUGAAAGAAUUUGAUUUACUGACUACCAAAGUAGAAGACUUAAAAACUGUUCAGAAUACUUUUACAUUCAAAAUGACCAAGUCUGGACUUGUACAUGCUUUUGCAGCAUGGUUUGAUGUUUAUUUUGGUGCUCCAACAGUAUCAAUACCUUCAAGUUCACCAGGUAAAGACAUUUCCAGAGUUCACCUGGUGACCUUGUCAACCUCUCCAAUGGUAGAGGUCACCCACUGGAAGCAGACAGUUGUCUUCAUUCCAGUGUCAGCAGCUGUUGAUGAAGAAGACUGUCUUUCUUGUAAACUGGAGUUGUCACAAGAUACAACCAAUCCUCGACUUUACAAUAUCUCCAUAGAGAUGAUUGAUGACCAUUCAGGAACUGAGGAAUCGGACUCAGAGGAAGAGGAGGAGGAGGAUGUAUCAGGCCAUCCUAUCCCUUGUGACUGUGGUGCUGGAAAAUGUCGUCUGAUAGCAGCACUGAUGCAGAAGUACGAUGAGGAGCAGACGGCUCUGGAGCUGGAGGCAGAAGAAAUGGAGGCGUGUGCCGCUACAGAGGCAGCCAGAAAUAUGGACCUGGUGGAAAAUGGUGGAGGACAGCAAGUUAAUGGUUGUCUUGAUGAAUAGGACCACUGUGUAUUGCAUGAAAUACUGUUAUAUUUCUUGUACUCUUCUAGAAUUCUUACAUAAAAAGAAUCUACAGUUUUGAUGAGGGCAUUUUCACUAUUAAUAAAAAUGUUACAGAA